AUGCAAGGGUAAGGCUGCGUACAACAUCCCUCCCCCAUACCUUCGCAUAGCGAAGAGCCUCAGGGCAAUGGGGUACGAAGUUUUUAUGCCUAUUGAACCAGAUGUUGUAGCUUGGGGUUCGUUUUUGUCUUCGUGUAGGGUUCAUAAAUAUGUUGAUUUGGCUAAAGUGGCUGCUGAAAAAUUGCUUCUUAUUGAUCCCAAUAAUAGUGGGGCUUACUCAGCGCUUGCUAAUACACUUUCAGCCUGUGGUAAAUGGGAGGAUGCUGCUAAGGUUAGGAAGUCAAUGAAGGACAAAGCAGUAAAGAAAGAACAAGGAUUCAGUUGGGUUCAAAUCAAGAACAAUGUCCAUAUUUUUGGGGUUGAGGAUGCUCUUCACCCGCAAAGAGAUGCAAUCUACCGUAUGAUUUCCAAAAUAUGGAAGGAGAUAAAGAAAAUGGGCUUCAUUCCUGAAUAUUAAAAAUAGUCUCUCUCAUUAAUGUCACGGAUAUGUAAUGUCUUAUUAAUAACAAGGAAUCACCUGGGAAACGUGGUGACUUAUCAAUUCAUUUAGCAGCUCGGGCAGGGAACUUGAGUAGAGUGAAAGAGAUAAUUCAAAACUAUUCUAAUUAUGAGACAAAA